GGCAGUUAUAUCUUAACUAACUAACUAACCAAACCGCUACCUUUUCCCUCCCUCCCUCUCUCUUCCUCUAUAAAAGCAAGAAGCCACUCUCACCCUCUCACCUUCUCUCUUCAUUUUUCCCGAGAAAAACAAAAGGAAAAGAAAAGAAUCUAUCCAAGAAAUCAACCAUGCAGAGCUCAAAUCCCCCUCAAAUUCCAGCAAACGAAUUUCUGACUCUCAGACGAACACUUUCCUACCUUUCUGCUGUAAUUCUUUCAAUCUGCUUCUCAAUCUGCCUCCCUCAAUCCCCUUUUCAUCUUCAGGUGCUGGCGCAGCCAUUGCGCGAUUAUCCUCGAUAUUCUGAUGCUGCUGAGCUCCCUCACAUUCCGAAGGCUUUCAGAAUGGACUAUAUGAAAAUGGAGAGGAGCUUCGAGGUCUUUGUGUACCCACAUAAGACCACUGCCUGUGAUAAAACAAGGAAGAUUGAUGGCAAGUAUGGGAGUGAAGGAUUCUUCUAUCAGAAUCUCAAUCAGAGAAGGUUCUUGACCAGAGAUCCUGAUAAAGCUAACCUUUUCCUCAUUCCCACUUCUUGUCAUUCUCUUCCUGCUGAGGGAAGAUCCGUGGAUGAAAGGGCUAUUGCUGUCCAGCAUUUUGUCAACAGCCUUAUUUCUGAGUAUCCUUAUUGGAACAGAACUUUAGGUGCUGAUCACUUCUUCAUAACCUGUGCAGACAUUCAUGUGAUUGCUAGUGAACGAAUUUGGAAUCUUAUGAAGAACUCAAUUAGAGUUAUGUGUUCUCCAAGUUAUAAUGUGGAAUAUGUUCCUCAUAAGGAUGUUUCUCUCCCACAAAGUGUGCAGCCAUUUAAUGUUUCUGUCUCACAAAUCAUGCCGCCACUUUACGCUUUUAUUGCACCAACAACACAGCCAUUAACUCUUCCUGCUGCUAAAUAUAACAUGAAGAGCAGGUACCGAUACCUUUUAUGUCCCUGGAUUAUACUAGAGCAGGAAUAUAGUAAAAAUUGUUGCACGGCUAUUCUAGGUUUCUGGAGAGGUCUUAAAGAAAAUUAUAUAAGAAAGAGUUUGGUCAAUGCCUGGGAGAAUGACUCAGAACUUGACAUAAAAGAAAUCCAAACAGAAGCUAGUACUACAGAAAUACGUCGGCUGUACCAUGAGAAGUUCUACAGCUCAAAGUUUUGCAUCUGUCCUGGAGGCCCUCAGAUCGAUGGUGCUAUAGCAGUUGCAAUUCAUUACGGAUGCGUUCCAGUUAUCAUGUCUGAUUACUUUGAUUUACCAUUCAACGACAUUCUUGAUUGGAAGAAAUUCUCUGUAAUCCUCAAGGAGAGUGAUGUGGAUGGACUGAAGCGAAUCCUUUUAAACAUACCAGAUCAAGAAUAUCAAGUCCUGCAGACCAAUACAGUCAUGGUCCAGGAUCACUUUCAGUGGAAUCUACCUCCUGUCAGACUUGAUACUUUUCAUAUGGUUAUGUAUGAACUUUGGCUCCGCCGUUAUGUUACCAAGUAUUAGUGAGUUGGUGAAACUCACUCGAUCCAGCAGAAUCACAGUAGAACACCUGUCUGGAAGUAUC